CGUGCUAGCUACAACCAGAUCGCCGGACCCAUAAGUUGGACUGACGGUGAUUGCUUGGCUGUGACCCAAUACCUCCGAGAUUGUUGUAGCAUUAGACGUCUUUUGAAGAAGCAGGCAACAUGGGUGCCGCGAUUAGCUCCACACUGACCAUGUGUUUGACGUACACUUGUUGUAGUGCCACGAAUUCCUUAUGCAACGCCUGUCUCGGCUCCACUUCGGAAAAUUCGACGGGUCGAAAACGCAGUGUUUUGCUCCUGACCUUGGCGGUAGCCAUAGCCUUGUGGUUCCAGUACGAUGUCGGUCCAGCUAUUGUCACCAAGUCGGGGUGGGUCUGGAAAGCUUUUCAGUGGAUCCCGGGAUUCGGGAAAAUGCUCUACCACGCAUGGUACGAUUCCUGUGAAGUCUACAAGGACAAUGAUGCUCUCUUGCAGCAGUGUGCGGGUAACGCCGGCGUGUAUCGACCAACAUUCGUGGCGAGUUUGUUUUUUGCCGUCUUGGCAAUUGUCACCAAAGUGGAACCGUAUCUCAACAAGGAAGUUUGGCCUGCGAAGUACGUUGUCUUUUUGUUCGCGGUGACCAUUUCCAUGUUCGUUUCGUCCGCACCGAUGUUUACCGGCUUUUAUCUGUGGUUGGCACGGUUUGGCGCCACACUAUUUGUGCUGCUGCAACAAAUUAUUCUUAUUGACGUUGCGUACAACUGGAACGAGGAUUGGGUAGACCGUGCCGACCAGGCGGACCGAAUGGACUACGGUAGUGGCGCGAAUUGGCUGCACGCGAUUGUCGCGACCUGUGUCGCCUUUUAUGUCGCCGCCUGCGCCGGCAUUUGGAUCCUCUAUCAGAACUUUACGGGCUGUCCGGAAAACACUUGGAUCAUCACGUUGACAAUGUUGGGAGUUUUGGGGCUAACCGCGAUUCAGCUUUCGGGGCAAGAGGGGUCGCUGCUGACCUCCUCGGUAAUGAGCCUGUAUUCGGUCUAUUUGGCAUACAGUAUGGUUUCCAAGAACCCCAACGCUAGCUGCAACCCACAGCUAGGGAGCAAUGAUGUCUGGAGCAUUGUCAUCGGUUUGACGCUCACCGCCGUCAGUCUAGCUUGGACAGGCUGGUCGUGGACGGCCGAGGAGCGCUUGAACGUUGACGGUGUUCAGUCGGCGAAAUCGGUGACGGGUGCACACCCAAUCGGCGGCAAUGGUCAAAUUAAUUUGGACGUUCCGUUUUUGGAUGCAGAAGAUCAGCCUCGGCAAGGCCUCGUGACAGAUUCGGACGGGCCUGCCGCUCGAAGUGGCCGAGUCGCUAACGCGCAUGUCUGGAAGCUCAACGUCGUCAUGUUGUUAAUUUCUUGCUUCGUGGCCAUGACUCUGACAGGAUGGGGGACAAUUGAAGAAUUGGAUGAAAAUGCGAAUGCGGCGAAUCCGACUGUAGGUCGGGUGAAUAUGGCGAUGCUUGGUAUUAGUCAGUGGCUGGCCAUUGGAUUGUAUGUGUGGACGCUGCUUGCGCCGCGACUGUAUCCGGACUACGAGUUUUCCUAGGGCGCCGCAUAACAAUGGCGACCCGGUUCAUGUAUGACAAGGCACAAAGACCUCCAUGCUUUUAUGUUAGACAGGCAUUUUACAAUUCGAUGGUGUCUUUGUUGAAGCGUUAGUCGCCUGGACUGUCAGAUUUGUUUAGGUCGACUAGCGCAU